AUAAAAAUCAUUGUUUAAGAACAAAGAGAAAAUAGUAAUUUGGUAGUUUUGCCUAAAACAAAACGGAACAUCGUAAUAUAUUCAUGAGGAAAACUGUGUGUGUUCAGUAUCAAAAAAAGCUGACCAAAAAAUAAAUCUUGAAAUACGCAUGAUAGUAUAUAAGGAAGAUUAGUGAUAACACUGUUGAAUGACUAAAAUAUUUUAAAAUGAAAUACCAUCUUUUGAAAAAUAUGAGAAAACAUAAAGGAGAUAAACCAUAUCAGUUGUUCAGAGUGUAUGAAAAAUUUUAGUCAAAAAAGCAGUCUUGUGACACACAUGCGAAUACAUACCGGAGAUAAACCAUUUCAGUGUUCAGUGUGUCUGAAAUGUUUUACUGAGAAAGGCAGUCUUGUGAAACACAUGAGAGUACAUACCGGAGAUAAACCAUUUCCUUGUUCAGAGUGUUUGAAAUGUUUUACUGAAAAAGGCAAUCUUGUGAGACAUAUGCGAAUACAUACAGGACAUAAACCAUUUCAAUGUUCCGAGUGUUUGAAAUGUUUUAGUGUAAAAAGCAGUUUUGUGACACACAUGAGAGUGCAUACGGGAGAUAAACCCUUCCAGUGUUCAGAGUGUCCGAAAUGCUUUACUGAAAAAAGCCAUCUUGUGAAACAUAUGCGAGUACAUACAGGAGAUAAACCCUUCCAGUGUUCAGAGUGUCCGAAAUGUUUUACUGAAAAAGGCAGUCUUGUGAAACAUAUGCAGGGACAUACAGGAGUUAAACCUUUUCAGUGUUCAGAGUGUCUGAAAUGUUUUAGUCAGAAAGGCAGGCUUGUGAUACAUAUGCGAGUACAUACGGGAGAUAAAACAUUUCAGUGUUCAGAGUGUCUGAAAUGUUUUACCGAAAAAGGCCAUCUUGUGAAACAUAUGCGAAUACAUACGGGAGAUAAACCAUUUAAAUGUUCAGAGUGUUCGAAAUGCUUUAGUGUAAAAAGCAGUCUAGUGACACAUGUGCGAGUACAUACAGGAGAUAAACCAUUUAAGUGUUCAGAGUGUUCAAAAUGUUUUAGUAUAAAAAGUAGUCUUGUGACACACAUGCGGGUACAUACAGGAGAUAAACCAUUUCAUUGUUCAGAGUGUUCGAAAUGUUUUAAUGUAAAAAGCAGCCUUGUGACACAUAUGCGAGUACAUACAGGAGAUAAACCAUUUCGUUGUUCAGAGUGUCUGAAAUGUUUUAGUCAAAAAGGCAAUCUUAUGACACAUAUGCGAGUACAUUCAGGAGAUAAACCAUUUCAGUGUUCAAAGUGUUCGAAAUGUUUUAGUGUAAGAGGUAAUUUUGUGACACAAAUGCUAGCACAUACAGAAGAUAAAACAUGUUAAUGAUUAAUGUAUCUUAACUUCACUUUAUAAGUACUACACCAUCCCAUGUAGCUUUGUAGUUCUUGUGAUUAUCGUAGAGUAUUCUUGUGCUAGAAGCAUAGAACUGUGUCAUUGUACUUAUAAAGUAUAUCUCUCCAGUGCUUAUAACUAAUCUAGCAAAUAAUAGUAGCUGCUGAGCCAACGAAAAGGAAGUUGUGCUAUACAUUUAUGAUGGGAAUUCAUAGGCCUAAAGUGCCAUGUGCAAGUAAAUAAAUAAUAAGAGAACACUGUAUCAGAAACAAGACGAGAAUAAGUGUAGAAGCCUUCAAGAGGAAACUGGUGAAGUAUCCACCAGGUGCCAGAUCAACCAGGCUGUGGUGCAUAUAUGGAGCAGUGGGCCUCCAGCAGCAACAGCCUGGUUGACCAGGCAAGCAAGCCUGGUCCAUGGCUGGGCUCCAAGAGUUGUGAGACUCGAAACUCAUCAAACAUAUUAGGUAGUAUCAAAUACUGUGAUAGGAAAAAGAGGCUCUCUGAUAAUAGAGUGCAGUACAUGGUAUAAUAGUGUUUACCAUAAUGGUACCAUUGUGUAUAAUUAUUGUGGUGUUAAACUAGAGGGAAGUGAUAGGCCUAGCAGGUAACUCGAAUUGUAAACAGUUGCAAGCAGUCGCCAUGAUACUACCACGCAAGCCAGUUCAUCUUUGGUAAUCUUCCCACAAACUGCUAGUCUACCUCAGUCUUAGUGAUACCAUAGAGUACAAUUUUGUGGAAAUAUGAAACGUAUACAAUUUGUGGAAAUAAGAUAAAAAUUGUAGAGUUGUUAGUGAACACAGUAUAAACAACAGAAAACUAAAUAUUCUUCUGAUAAACCUUUCUACCAUAGCUAAUAACAGUGAUGCCAGAGUAUUCAGUGUGGUGGAGUGAGAAACUAGAAAUUUUUUGUGGAAAUAUGA